AUGCAGAGCUACCUGGUUAUUGCAAUGGGAGUCAUUGUUUCGGCUAUGUCGCUGGAGCGUCGGUCCUACAGUGGUGUCGCUACCUUCAAUGACUAUGCUGCGCAAGGAAACACCGUCUGCGGACCAAAGCAAGGUGUUUCGGGGACCUAUGGUGUAGCCAUUGGUGACCUCUCGCCGAAUAUCUGGAGCGGUGGCAAAUGCAGUGGUUCAAUCGAUUACUCUAAAUGUAAUGGGCAAAACCCUGUUAGUGGAUACUCUGGGCCAUCCUGCCCGACCACCACCUGCGGCGAGUGCUUCCAGGUAUGCAAUACUGGUGGAUACGGAGGUGCCUCGGUUGGCGGAGUUGGAAAUUGUGUGACUGUCAACGUUAUUGAUGUUUGCCCGUCCGAGUCUGCCUUCAACUAUUGCAAGACCAAUGUCCCUGCCGACGAAAGAUGUGGAAGUAGCUCUAGCAAUGCUAUGGACAUUGAUGUCAGCGCUUAUAGCGCGCUCACGGGAACGGAAUGGACUAGCAGCAGCCCAAAUUUGUUGAUCAGCAUCAAUCCAGCCCCGAUCCUGACCUCCGAUUUUGGGUUCCUCGUUCCAUAG